GACAAGCUACCGCAGGAACCCUGGCCUAGUCUCCAAGAAGUCGGUGUGCAGCCUUCCGCAUAGCCGGGGCCUGGAGCCGCACCCCACUCCCGAUAUCUGUGGCCGUCCCUGCCCCCGGUGGUGCUCCCGGGGUCCUGCUCACGACCAGCUAGCAAAAAACAGCAGGGCGCUGCCCACAAGGCGGAGAUAGAAUUUGCGUUUUUCUCGCACCACCAAGCAAAGCUAUUAGCGGUCAGACCGCAACUCCCGGGCUAGCGCAGCCUCAGCCAUGCCUAUUGGUCUGCGGCUCCAUCAAUCAGAACUCAGUAACCAAUCAUAAGGGAAAAGAGGAGGGCGCGCCUCCCUCGGACCAAGGGUUGCAGAAGCCUGGCAAAUACUAAACAAACGACCUUUGGGACUGACUUUGUGAGCCGAGAAGCGACAAACUAGUUACAGCUUGCUAGGCAUCCACCUGUGGCGGGUGAACGAAGCCCUGCACCUCGGGCCGUAGGAGGCUCGAGUUUCGGCUACUCCUGCCUGCAGCCCUCGGUGGGGCACAGUCGCGGUCCCGCAGGCUACGCCCCACGCCUCCUCAUUGGCUCCUCCAGGCACGUGGUAGGGUGGUCCCGCCUCCGGGUGGCCUGAGAGGCGGCACGCAAAGCCGCAUGGACAGCUUGGCGCCAGGCCGAUGGAGACGACGGAGGAUCGAGGAGCUGCCGGUUGCAGGGGACGCGAAACGGGCAUGCUGGAGGUCAGAAGCUGGUGGGCAUGAGUACAGCAGCCACAUGGUAAGCACCUGUGCCCUGCUGUCUUGGAGCACAGAGGACCAGGAACCACGACCUCGAGGCCUGCCUGCACCGCGUCUGGAGUGUAGCCAGGAGAGGCCGAGCUCAGUGAUUCUGCAGAACAGCGGAAGGAGUUCAGCCCAGCCUUGCCUGAGAUGUAUUGCAGGGGAAUCUGGCCAUUUCAACCAUACCGGGGGUCAUUAGAAGAUGUGAUAGGAAGAAGGAAGAAGAUUCCAGUUGGGUUUGAAUCCUCGUACGAUGGCCAGUGCCAAUCCCUUACAGCGCUCCUAGGUGCCCAACCGUUCAAAUGACAGCCAGGGCUCCGUGCAGGGGUUGUUAGCCUCUCAGGUAAUCCAACUUUCUCCAGAGGGCCAGGCACAUCCUGAGCACAUCCUGGCUCACUGCGGCCUCUUUUCUCAUGUUCUGCUGGAGAAGAAAUUAUCUCGAAGUCAACAAAUUCUGUGUCAAACUGCCUAGAGGUUUUGGAGCCUUGUAGCUUAUGUAGUCAUAAGGCACAGCUGGAGAUCUCCCUGCCUUUGGAUUUUGGGGGUUGUUUCUGGACAUAACUGGGGUUGUUCUCAUACUCUUUUUAAUUAAAAGACUUAUUUUUAUAUUUAGAAUGCUGUAUAAUCUUGAAGUGAAUUUUACUAAAUGUUAAUGUCCAAUCAAACCGUGUAAUUCUCCAACUGUAAUUAUGAGGGACAGAACCCCAUUGAUAUUAAAAUGGAAAUUGUGGACAGCU